CGUGCUGCAGUUCGAGGCAGAUGUGGAUUGCUUCCCUUGCAGAGCAACAGAGGCCGUAAAAAUGCAAUUCCGUAGAGCUCUACACAUCUUCCUCCUGAGUCUGGUGGCUCUUCAGCAGCUGGACCUGGGUGCUGGUUCCCGCAUCCUGGCAGCCUAUUUCUUUCCGAGUAAGAGUCACUUUAUGAUGACCAAUGCCAUCAUCCGGGAACUGGUAAAACGAGGUCAUGAGGUCACCUUUAUUACCCCAUUCUCCUUGGCCAAGGAGAAGCUGGGACCCAACUACAAGGAAAUUGUGAUUCCGCAGUACGACUUCUGGCCAGAGACUCAGGAACUGACCAACACCAACACCGUUCUAGAGAUGAGCGAUUUGCCCAAUUUGACCUUUGUUCGUUUGGUCUACAUUAUGGGUCUUCGCAGCACGGACUUUGCCUUCGAACAGCCGGGCGUUAAGGAAUUAAUCAAUGCCAAGGAUAAGGUGGGGAAGUAUGAUCUCCUGCUGGCACCGCAGUUCUACAACGAGGGAGCCCUCAUCCUGGGACACCUCUAUCAGAUUCCAAUCAUAACCACAUCGUCCUACGGGUUUGCCAACUUCUUCAGCCAGAUGGUGGGCAUAGUGUCUCCCUGGUCUUUUGUCCCAAACGCCUUUAUGCCCUAUAGUGAUCGGAUGACUCUGUGGGAGCGUAUUGGGAAUGUGGCCAAUAGUGGCAUUGAAGAUCUCAUGAGGGAGUUCUCCUAUUACCCGAAGCAGGAUGCCAUUCUUCAGAAGCACUUCUCCAAGUUGCUGGACAGAGUUCCCUCAGUCAAGGAGCUGGAGAGGAAUAUCUCAGCGAUUCUGUUGAACAAUUACAUGCCCCUGGCCUCACCCAGACCCAUUUCCUACAACAUGAUUCAAGUGGGUGGUCUGCACAUUCAAUCGCCAAAGACUCUGCCGGAGGAUCUACAGAAGUUCCUGGAUGGAGCCACUCAUGGAGCAAUAUACUUCAGCCUGGGUUACCAAGUCCGCAGUGCCGAUAUGCCGCCUGAAAAGCUAAAGAUUUUCCUGGAUGUCUUUGGCAGUCUGAAGCAGCGGGUUCUGUGGAAGUUCGAGAACGAGACUAUACCCAGUCUGCCAGCCAAUGUGAAGGUUCGGAGCUGGUUGCCUCAGGCUGACAUCCUGGCCCAUCCAAAUGUUAUAGUAUUCAUCGCCCAUGGAGGACUCUUUGGCACACAGGAAGCGGUGCACAAUGGAGUCCCCAUCCUGGGAAUGCCGAUCUACUGUGACCAGCACCUGAACAUCCAUCAGGGCAAGAAGGCGGGCUAUGCUUUGGGUCUGGACUAUCGGACAGUCACGGAGGCAGAGCUCAGAGGAUCGCUUCUGGAGCUGAUUGAGAAUCCCAAGUACAGGAAUACUAUGAAGAAGGCUUCCAAGGUGUUUCGUGAUCGACCCCUCAGCGCCAUGGAUACAGCCAUGUACUGGAUAAACUAUGUAAUCGAGCACCGAGGAGCUCCACAUCUUGUUUCAGCUGGGGUACACCUGCCCUGGUAUCAGUUUUACAUUCUGGACAUUGUCGGUCUAGGGCUUUUGCUUCUUUUAUUGCCAAUUAUGCUGUUAAACUUUAUUUGCCGCAGGAAAUUCAGCUCUACAAAAUCUUUAAAGAAAACAAAGCAAAAUUAAGGAAAAAAAAAAAAAAAAAAUACAAUUUUCUUUCUUUAAGUGUAUUUCUAUUUGGGAAAGUUUUUAUUUGGCGUUAUCUAAAGACGAACCUAUGAUAUGAAACAAUAUUUCAGGAGAUUAGCAACACUUGGGCUUUAUCAACAUCUCUACCAUUAUCAUUAUCAUUAGAAGCAUAAGUCUCGCCAAAAAUGGUCCAUGGGCCAAGUCGCAGAGCUUAGAGAAACGUCUAUUAGAUUGGUCUUUCAGUGGCACAUUCAGUGGUACAUAUAUCUGGUGGAGAACUAUUCGGAAUAGAAAUGGUUU